AAAUGAAUUCAUUUUCUUAUGUCCUCAUUACAAAAUAUCAUUUACUUCCAAGCUGGGCUUGGAAUGGUAGCCAAUAUAGUUCUCUUUUUUUUCUAUACUUUCAUAAUUGUUGGUCACAAGCCGAAGCCCACAGAUCUCAUUUCCUGGCAACUGACCUUCAUUCAUAUAAUGAUGAUCCUCACUGGAGGGGACAUUUGGCUUGCAGACAUAUUUGAGUCACUGAACAUUGAGAAUGACUUAAAGUGUAAGGCAACUUUUUACACAAGCAGGAUGAUGAGAGGCCUCUCCAUCUGCAUCACCUGCCUCCUGAGUGUGUUCCAGGCUGUCACUAUCAGUCCCAGUACCUCUGUGUUGGCAAAAUUUAAACAUAAACUUAAAAAAUACACAAUUUAUGCUUUCUUAUGUAUUUGGUCUUUCAAUUUGUCAUUCACUAGUAACCGGAUCUUCUAUGUUGGUGCAUAUACCAACAUGAGUGAGACCAGCCAGAUGAAGGUCACUAAAUACUGUGCACUCUUCCCCAUGAACUAUAUCAUUGAGGGACUGAUUUUAAUAGUGGCAACCUCCAGGGAUGUAUUUCUUGUAGGAAUCAUGCUGAUCACAAGCACAUACAUGGUGAUUAUCUUGUUCAGACAUCAGAGGAAAUGCAAGCAUCUUCAUAACAUCAGCCACCUGAGAACAUCCCCUGAGAAAAGGGCCACCCAGACCAUCUUGGUGCUGGUAAUUUUCUUUGUGGUCAUGUACUGGGUGGAUUCCAUCAUCUCAUCUACCUCAGUCCUGCUAUGGAUGUAUGACACAGUCACGCUGACUGUUCAGAAGUUUGUGAUGAAUGUUUAUCCCACAAUAACUCCUUUGGUACAAAUCAGUUCUGAUAGCAGAAUAAUCAAUGUGCUAAAAAACAUGCAUUCAAAGCACUACCAUAUUUUAAAAAUAAAU